CGACUUUUACCGUCUAAUUCGCAACAUGAGGUUCAUUGGUUCAAGCAUCCUCGUGGCAAUCACCCUAGGUCUGACCUCAGCGGGCUACGCCCACGAGCACCAUGACCUAGGAGGCGGCCACGACAUUGGAGGCGGCCACGACCUCGGCGGCGGUCACGAUUACGGCAGCAGUCACCAGGACUUGGGAGGAGGAGGACACGACGUCGGAGGCGGCCACGACAUCGGAGGCGGUCACGAUUACGGCGGCGGCUACGCGGCGCAACACGGCGGCUGGCAACCGUCCGUGCACGAACAACACCACCACAUCCCCACCAAGACCAUCGAGCACACCGAGCACGUCGCCGUGCCCGUCGUCAAGAAAGUGGGAGUACCGGUGCCCCAUCCCGUUGGAGUACCCGUGCCUCAAGUGAUUAAAGUACCAGUUCCUCAACCUUACGCCGUGCACGUGCCGGUGCCGCACCCCAUAGCAGUGCCGAUCUACAAGCUGGUGCCGCAGGAGAUCGAAAAGAGAGUUCCCAUCACGGUGGAGAAGCUGGUGCCCGUGUACGUGGACAAGCCGUACAAGAUCGAAAUCGAGAAGCACCAUCCCGUGUACGUAAAUCAACCGUAUCCCGUGCACAUUCCCGUGUACAAACACGUGUUGCACACGAAAGGACACGGCGGCGGCGGCGGCGAACACCACGGAUGGUCGCAUUAAGGAAGCCGACUGUUUGUUUUCGUUAUCGCUCUAUUCUAAGUUAUCGAUUUCAUCUGUUCAUCCCUCUGAAACCAUCUCGUGUUUGCUCUAAGUCAUUUU